AUGCAUGUCAAGCGUGUUACUCUGACGUCAAAGAAAAAUUGGUGGAUGGUGGAGCUGAACAACCAGGAAGACGAUAACACAAGUCCGUCUAUCAACUCAUUCUCGUCGGAGGAGACAGUGGUCGACGGCCUUGAUUACCAGCAGCUUGAUCCAUCAGAGCCUCAUAGAGCCCCGACGCCGCCGCCUUCACCGCCCAUCUACAACCCUCCCCGCCAUCCAACGUCCAUCUUCUCGUUCCCGACGCCGACAGCAUAUUCGGCUCCACCCAACCCCACCGUCAACCUUUCGCCAGUUGCCCAGGGCUCAGCCUCAGUGCUCUUCAAGUGUGUCGUCAAGAAACCCGACGUUAUCCAGCUAGAGAUUAAUGGAGAGAUGCACUCCAACGCGUCUGACGUCACAGUACAGUUCUUGGCGGAGCUGCGUGUGUACACCACGGUAACGCGACAUCGGAAUAUAUGUGCUUUCCUGGGGGCGCUCGAGAACGUGGGCAUGGUGCUGGAGUAUAUUGAUGGGCGGACACUAUACGACGUUGUCACUGCUCGCCCAGAGCUGACGAGGGAGGCCAAGGUCGAUUACCAUGACCAGCUGCUUGACGGCUUGACACAUCUCCACUCGUUUGGUCUCAGCCACGGUGACCUCUCGCUACUUAACGUUCAAGUGACGGUUCCAGCGAACACAGUCAAGCUCCUCGAUUUCGGUCGCUCUGUGUCUGCAGACUCGAUAUACAAAUCCCCGGAUGAUGAACCUGUCGAUCCAUUUGAUCUUGUGCGCCGGCAGUCCGGUCAAACCACAAUACUUUCUUCUAGAAAUAUAGAGCAGAUACAUCCCGGUACGCGUCCGUUCUGUGCACCGGAGAUCCUUAGAGGCGAGUGUCAAGACGCACUGCUGGCCGACGCAUAUAGUUUUGGGAUCAUACUCGUAUGCUUGGACCGCUGCGAGCAUGUUGACAUCAAACCUUGGGAACAGAGAAAGGAUUUCAUUCCCAAAGACUUCUUCCAAGGCUGUGAAGUUUUCGAAGAGAGGGCGAGAGAAUAUCUUCGCAAGUGGAACGAUUCCCGGCGAAGAUUGGUGAAGACAGAUAUGUUCGAAUGCUAUCAGAAUCAACCAAGUGUUUGA